CACUGAACAGGAAGAAGUGUUUGCUCAGGGAUGCUGUGAAGAUAGAAAGACCAUGUAAAGAAGGAAGCAGGGUGCUUGAGCAGAAGAAGCAUAUUCUCUGAAGGUGCCUCUGCCCACCACACCAAGCAUAAGGCCACAAGGAAGAUCCCCACCUGCAAAGCAGGGCAGCCUUCCCAAGAGAGAGCAGGUCUCCUCAUUGCCUUCAACAUGAACUGGCACAUGAUAAUCUCUGUUCUUUUCAUAGUGGCGCUUAAAAUUGUUGGAAUGACCUUAUUUCUGCUUUAUUUCCCACAGAUUUUUGGCGGAAAUCAAGUCAACUUCCUUCCCACAGAGAGCUAUGGAACAGUUCCACAGACUAUCGGGAACAGUAAUGUCAUCUUAGUUCCCACGGAGAGCCCCGGAACAGUCUGCCCCAGAAGGUGGUAUUUUUAUCAAAGAAGAUGCUUUUUGUUGUCCCCUUUUGAACUGUCCUGGAACAAAAGCAGGGACUUUUGCAAGACAGAAGGAUCCACUUUGGCCAUUGUUGACACACCAGAGAAAUUGAAAUUUCUCCAGGACAAAACGGGUGCUGAGAAGUAUUUUAUUGGCUUAAACCAGCAAGCAAAGAACAGAUGGCAUUGGAUUGACAACUCCAUAUUUAAUGGCAACAUUAGCAGUCAGCAUGAGAAUUUCAACUGUGUGACUAUAGGCCUAACAAGGACAUAUGAUGCUGCACGGUGUGACAUCAACUUCCGCUGGAUCUGUGAGAAGCCAGCCAAAUGACUGAAGUUCUCUGUGGCCUCUGAUAGUAAUGACAAAUACACUUUUGGAAAAAACAAAAAAAAUAUAAUUGGGAUUGAUUCGGGAAAUGUAGAAUAUCAAAUUAG